ACUAAAUGCAUUUUCAAACAUUAUAUCUUAAUGUUGAAGAAACAAUUCAAAGUCAUUUAAUUAUUUUUAUUUAUAAAAAGUUAAAACUUACAUUUUCAUAAAUUAUAUAUCAAACCUUUCUUUUAAUUUUAAUUAACAUGCAUGUGUUAAAAAGAGGAUUUAGAUCGAACUUCAAAACAAAUUUAUAUUUUUUUCAAAUCAUGUGUUAUAAAUAUGAUUGUCCAAGAUUACAUUCAAACUCAUCUAAAUAUUUUGAAGGAAUAAAAACAAAGCCUUUUAGUGAAAAUGACAACCACAUCUGGGUUAGCCCACCCCAUCCAAAAUCAAAUUUACGUUUAAAAGUUUUUCCUACUUCUCAACAUUUAUCAAAAGAAGAGAAAGCAUUUUAUCAGAAAUACGAAGAAACUCAAGACUGGAAUCAUGAAUACUGGGAAACUCAUAAUAAUGACUUUAAGAAUUCUAGAAAAUUAUAUAUUGAAAAGAUUUCCAAGGAAAAAAAUUUGUCUAAAGAUGAAAAUCUAACAGAUGAAGAUAUGAGUCACUUUUACAGAGACUUCUUAGAAAGGAAUCACAAAAAACAUAUGGAUUAUAACUGGUCUUGGUAUAAGAAGAAUCUAAAUCUACUAUAUUUAGCUGCUAAGGUAAACAUAGGUAGAUUUAAAAGAUUUUUCAAGAAAAUAUAACAAUUGAAACUAAUUUUAAUUACCAUUGUGCUUUCAUUUAAUUAUUUCAAUAUUUAUUUUCGUCACAUACAGAAAAGAAAAGAAGUUUCAAUAUAUUGUAAAAUAGUUUUGCAAAUAAACUUUCAUAUAUCCAUA